UAAAAACUUUCUUUCUUCUUCUCUGUUUCUUCUUUUUCUUGGUUUCUGCUUUCGUGUCGUCGUCACUAUUUGAAUCUGAUUUUUGUCUCCUCGUUUCUUUCUCUAUCUUCUUCCUCGAAUCCGAUUCUUUUUUUUUUUGGAUUUCAAAUCUCAACGGGAAGCAACCUCUCUUUCUUCAUGCUUCUCAAAUUUUGAAUCUCCCAAAAAUCUCGAGCUCUGUCGUUUAGUGACAAUUGGGGAUUUUCUUCAGCUCCGAUUCACCCAAUUUUUUUUUUCCGAUCGAUUCAGCAGAUUCGAUUCUGGAUUUCUCAUCGGAUUUGAGUAGAAAAUGGCGAAGCGUGGAUAUAAGCUCCAGGAGUUUUUGGCACAUUCCGCAAAUGUGAAUUGUUUAAGUAUCGGAAAGAAGACGUCUCGGCUCUUUAUAACUGGUGGUGAUGAUUAUAAAGUCAACCUUUGGGCGAUCGGCAAGCCUACUUCUUUAAUGAGUCUAUGUGGGCAUACUAGUGCAGUGGAUUCAGUAGCUUUUGACUCCGCAGAAGUUUUGGUGCUUGCUGGAGCUUCUUCGGGUGUGAUCAAGCUGUGGGAUGUAGAAGAAGCAAAGAUGGUUCGAGCUUUUACUGGACAUAGAUCCAAUUGUUCUGCUGUUGAAUUUCAUCCCUUUGGUGAAUUUUUGGCAUCGGGGUCAAGUGACGCCAAUCUAAAGAUUUGGGACAUCAGAAAGAAGGGAUGCAUACAGACAUACAAGGGUCAUACUCGUGGCAUCAACACUAUCAGAUUUACUCCUGAUGGUCGUUGGGUAGUGUCAGGAGGACUUGAUAAUGUUGUAAAGGUAUGGGAUUUGACUGCUGGAAAGCUUUUGCAUGAAUUUAAGUUUCAUGAAGGACCUAUCAGUUCGCUAGACUUCCACCCACUCGAGUUCCUCCUAGCCACAGGUUCUGCAGACAGGACUGUAAAGUUCUGGGAUUUGGAAACGUUUGAAUUGAUUGGAUCUACCCGACCAGAGGCAACUGGAGUUCGUUCAAUCAAAUUUCAUCCGGAUGGGCGAACCCUUUUUUGUGGUUUGGAUGAUAGCUUAAAGGUUUAUUCAUGGGAACCAAUAGUUAGCCAUGAUGGUGUUGAUAUGGGAUGGUCAACGCUUGGUGACUUAUGCAUCAGCGAAGGGAAGCUCUUGGGUUGUUCAUACUACCAAAAUUCCGUAGGGAUUUGGGUGUCAGAUAUAUCGCAAAUCGAGCCAUAUGGCAUUGGAUCUGCGGAUAAAAAAGAAUGCGUGGAGAAAAUACUCAGUGCUCUGGACGAUCAGUCCUCUGAUAGAAUAAGGAGUAGCCCAAGGCGCAGCUCAUCUCCAGAUUAUGAGACAAAAGAGAUAAAAAACAUAUACAUCGACUCUGCAGGUGGAAAUUCAGCUGUUGCACAUAAGUCAGUAUCUCUAAUUACUCCGAAAGUCAAGGCAACUUCUACUGGACAAGAAGUGGACAAUAAAUCUCUCAUAUUGCAAAGUGUUGUACCAUGGGAUUGUGAUAUUGGGAAAGACUCUUCUGAUUCAGGAAAGGAAUCUAUCACUUUCGCAAAAACAAAACCAGGCAUGCUACUGAGACCGGCUCAUGUAAGAAAGACGCCAACAAAGUAUGAUGAGACCAAGCAGUCAGUGGCCGUUCAAUCUGAGAUUCCAAAGAAAAGUGCAUCGGACGAUGAGAAGAAGCUAGAUACUGAGACAGCAUUUGAUUCAGAAAGAAGUGUCAGGAAACCAUUUGAUGUUGACGAUUCUAUCAUCAAGAGUAUAACCAACAAGUUUGAACAAGCUUUAUUACCAGAAUCACCAACUGGUAUGCUGCUCAAACCACCUCGUGUACAGAGAUCACCAAGUACUAAAUUCAAUGAGGCAAGAUGUGCGGCAUCCGUUGAUUCUGGAGCUUUAGACAGUAAAUUGAGUGGGUUAGAGUCCCCAAAAGACAUAGACUUGCCAACAGGGCUUAAGGAUGACAGAGGUAGUAAUCCGUGUGAGGACGAUAUCGAUAACAAGAGCAUUUCAAGCAGGUCAGAAAGAGUUCUAUCACCAGAGAAAGCUGGUGGUGAUUUAAAAAGCCUUGAAUCCCCAGGAGGUAGCAAAGGAUCAAACUCUGUGAAGGUUGUUAGAGGAGUAAAAGUUGUUUCGGGAAGGACGCGGUCAUUGGUUGAGAGGUUUGAAAGAGGGGAAAAAAUUACUCACUCUGAAGACAAAGCAGCCAGUGCAACAAUAGUUGAGAGCUCUGAUGCUGUAGAGGAAGAGUCCCAGACAGCAUCUGUACAGGCAGUUAGCACGACGCCCACCCAGGUAAUGCCAGUUAAACUUGAUCAGGCAACUAACUCAACGCCAGUUGAAGCUCCUGCGUUAUCAACACGACGAACUAGAAGUACUCCAGUCAGAGUAAUGCCUGUGGUACUCGGUCGAGACACUAAUAUGGCAACUGAUGCGCCUCCUGUAACAUCAACACGACCUGAUAGGACUUCUUCUACUAAUUUGAUAUCUGAUGUGUCUUGUGUAACAUCAACACGACAAGCUAUGACUUCUCCAGCUCCAGUCAUGCCUAUGAUACUCAAUCAGACAUCAAAAUUGAAAUCUGACGAGUCUCCUGUAACAUCGACACGACCUGAUAGGCCUUCCUCUACUAAUUUAACAUCUGAUGAGCCUGGUGUAACAUCAACACGACAAGAUAGGACUUCUCCAGCUCCAGUCAUGCCUAUGAUACUCAAUCAGACAUCGAAAUCUGAUGAGCCUGCUAUUAUAUCAACACGACCUGAUAGGCCUUCGUCUACUAGUUUGGCAUCUGAUGAGUCUGGUGUAACAUCAACACGACAAGCUAGGAAUUCUCCAGCUCCAGUCAUGCCUAUGAUACCCAAUGAGACAUCAAAAAUAAAAUCUGAUGAGCCUCCUGUAACAUCAACUCGACCUGAUAGGCCUGCAUCUACUGAUUUGAUAUCUGAUGAGUCUCCUGUAACAUCAACACGACAAGCUAAGACUUCUCCAGCCCUAGUUACGCCUGUGAUACUCAGUCAGCGUCAAAAAACUAACAUGAAAUCUGAUGAGCCUCCUGUAAUAUCAAGAAGACCACUUAGGACCUCUUCAGCGCGAGUAAUGCCUGUGAUACUCAAUCAAGCAUCUAACUCGUAUGAUGAGCGUCCUGUAUCAGCUUCACGAUCAGCUAGAAAUUCUCCAGCCCGUGUAAUGCCUAUGAAACUCAAUCAAGCAGAAAAUAUGCCAUCUUAUGAGCCCCAAGUUGCAUUAACACGAUCAGCUAGGAACCAUGCCCGUGUAAUUCCUGGGAGAAACAACCAAGCAAGUAACUUGGCAUCUAAUGCAUCUCAUAUAAGAUCAAGGCAGCGAUAUAGCCCAACUCAAACGCUGGCAACACCUGCAGUACUUGAUCAUGUGACUGAUAUGACACUGGAUGAGGCAUAUAUAACGGAAACUCAACCAGCUUGUGAUAUUUUAACCCAGGAGGAAGAGCCUCAGAUAUCUGGGAGGGAAAAUGAUGGUGACAUUUGGGAGACUUUAAUGGAAACUCAUAAUGAAGUUUUAAACACUCUUCAAUCAAGGUUAACAAAAUUACAGAUUGUAAGACAUUUUUGGGAACGAAGUGAUAUUAAAGGUGCGAUCAUGGCCUUGAGAAAGCUGUCAGAUCACUCUGUUCAAGCAGAUGUGAUCAGUAUUCUAACUGACAAAACAGAGAUUUUAACAUUGGAUCUGUUUUCUCAGUUAGCACCCGUCCUCACAGGUUUGUUGGGCAGCAGGACUGAGAGGCCUGUAAAUGUCUCCUUGGAAAUGCUCUUGAAGCUUGUAGCAGUGUUUGGUACAGUUGUACAAUCAACUGUUUCAGCACGACGAGUCGUUGGCGUUGAUCUUCAUGCGGAAGAAAGGUUACAAAUGUGCCAAAGUUGUUCUGCGGAAUUGCAAAAGGUUCACAAGAUUCUUCCACUACUCACAAGGCGAGGUGGUCUCAUAGCAAGAAAGGCUCAAGAACUAAACCUAGUUCUUCAAACACCUUAGCUCCAGAUUCAGAUUUUCAGAUUCAGGCCUCUCUGUGACUUCUCCAAUUUGUACAUUAUGAAGAAACUGUCUUCAUGUUCCUUCAGGCGAUUUUGCAUCUGUUGCGUUGAAGACUCGCCGAACAGUCACAGUUUCUUGUGGCGGAUUUUGCGCCUGGGAAGAACACUGCGAAAAAUCGGUAUAUGCUGUAAAUCAAUCUAUGUCUGGGAUUAAAGUUGUUGUCCUUCUUUAGAUUCUUGAUUCAGUGAAUCUCAAAUGUUUAGCGAAAAAGGCAAUUACAAACGUCUCUCUCUCCAUGUGAAUGUAAUAUGCAAUCUUAAUGAGAAGACACCAUCAGUAUAUGAACAUCAUUUGGCAA